UUUAAAAAAUAAAACUAAUGUUUUGCUCGUUUUUUCAAUUGAAACGAAAACAAAACACGAAAUAACAGUAACUUUUGCGGUGAGAGAAAGACAGACAGAAAGAUAGGAAAGAAAAUAAUUACUAAAACGAGAGAAAGAAAGACAAAAAGAGGCGAAUAAUAAAAGGAUUGAAGAAAAAUACUAUUAAUAACAAUAAUAAAUAAUUAAAUGAGAGAAUAAUAAUAAUAAUAAUGUCUUUGAAUGUAAAACAACGGGAAACAAGUUUGAAGAGAAGUGUCUCAACUCCGGGCACUCUUGUGUUCAAUUGGCGGACAAAUAUCGGCACUAAUACCGAUUUGGAUCGCAUUGACACCCGUUUUCAUCACUUAUCCGUCAACUCUUCGCCAAACGGUUCCCAUAAUAAUCAUCACAACUAUAAUAAUAAUAACAAUAAUAUCGACAACAGUAACAAUUAUCUAAACCUAAUGCCGACAAUAGUGCGGAACCGGUCCAUAGACUUCCAGAACUCUUCGCCAAUCAAUAAGAUUCGCUUCGAUUUUGGCGAAUAUCACCAGAAGUACGACGACAUCCAAGACGUGCAACGCGUGGCGCCCGAAGACUUGGCCUCACAGAUGACACUCAUUGAUCUGUCGGUCUUCGCCGCCAUUCAGCCCCAGGAGUUGUCGUCCGGUCAGUGGAACGGACCCAAGAAGAAUCACAACUCACCCAAUGUGGUCGCAUUCACGCAGCGUUUCAAUCGAGUAACUUUUUGGGCGAUUCAAGAGAUACUGUCGCACAAGAGCGCCAAACAUCGGGCGGAAGUGUUGAGCCAUUUCCUAAAAGUGGCCAAACGGCUGCUCGAACUGAAUAACUUGCACUCGGCAUUUGCCAUUAAGUCCGCCCUCUCAUCCGCACCCAUCCAUCGACUCACAAAGACUUGGGCCUAUUUAUCGAAAAAAGAUAAGCAAUUG